CUGAAGCAACUAACUCCAACUCCAUCGCCACCACGUCUCGCCACUGUCAAUCCACUCAUACUCGUCUUUGACGGUGCAGGGAACACAGAAUUGAAUUCUUUUAGAAAUAUCUCAAAUGAACGAAUAGCAUGGCGGAUUCUAUGCAAUGCUCCAACUCGUUACGUCGUUACUCCAAAUAAAGGGUUUCUAUUCAGACAGGAGAAAAUUGACGUCAUGUUGCUCUUGAACAGCUUGAAAUAUCAUCGUCGCCAUGCAUUUGUUGUACAAGCGAAAACAGCGAAAAUAGAUGAAAGUAACCGCAAAGUUAGUUUCACACUAGAACGCGUUCCCAUGUAG